AUGCAUCCCCGGAGGAUUCCAUUUCAUUUCCAUAUUUCCAUGCUGUUGUUAUUUUUAAUUUCUCUUUUCUCGAUUAUCAGUAAUGCGAAAUCUAAAGGAGAUGUAACAUCUUCUCCUAGUCCUAAUAGAUCUAACUACGACCUGGAUCUGGUCGACUUUCUGCACGUGAAAACAUCGGAACAUGAUAACGUAUUCAAAGGGGCAAUUCAGCUAUUAGAAUCCAUGCAAUCAUCCCCUUCCUGCAACCGGAUUGCAGCAUCUAAACUUCUCGCAUCGUGCAAAUCUAUUGAGAAAAGCGCUUCAAAUGAGAGGCAGCCUACACUCACAUCAUUAGACCGCGUGAAAUCCGUAUACGCAGCUAGGCUUGCUCUCUGCGAAAUCGCCGAGGCAGGAGCCGCUAUUCCCUCAUCAUGUUCACCGUUAUAUAUCUCUUCGUCUCCCAAGAAGGCUGUGUCAGGAUCGAUAUUUGGCCAGCAGUGGGCUACGCCCGAUCAGUUAAAUCCGAGUUCAAUGGAAUCGUUGGACUUAUGUCUCCAUGCACUGGAAUCGCGACCGCAAUGGUGGACCAGCUACAGUAAUAGCAGACAGAACGCUGUGAUGAUAUGCCAAGCAGCGAGAUUUGACAUCGAGAAAGAAGAAGUGCUGGAACUACAUAGAAGGAUAACAGAGAAUACUCUACGGUUAAACAAUGGGUUACAGGACGCUAUUCAAAAUGCAGCCGCCAUGUCUGCUCAGCAUAGAGCUUUCAUCCUCGCAACAGAAUCAAUGCAGAGAGAUCUUCUUCGCGAUAUAGAGGAAGCUGGAGCUUCAACUCUAAGUAUAUUUCCUAGACUCAUCAAUGGGAUCGAAGCCGCGGUAGGUUCGACUAUAACACGCAUUAUAUCAUCACUCGGAGGUGUGGAAAAGGACACAGCCAACUUGCAAAAGGAUGUCCGGGACACUACUCAACAAGUCAGCCAUCUACGAGAUGGUCUCCGCGUCACUUAUGAGGAAGCUAUAGCGAAAAGUGCUCAACUUGCUCGAUCACAUCAAAUGAAUGCAGAAUCGAAUCAAGAACUCGCGGUAUCUAUUCAGACUUCGCUAAAGUCUCUGUUGACUGAGGAUGUGGUAAAGUUGUCGGAAAGUCUAGAAGGCUUUGGAGGUUCUAUGCAAUGGCUUACGGAAGCUCUCUCUUUGAUCUACCAGCAGGAGGAGUUGAUCCUUGAGCGACUUCAAAACUUUCAAGAAUCACUGGCGGAAUCUGAAAUCAAGUCCGAAAAUCUACGCAAAAGCCAGGAAUUGCAGGCAGAAUCUCUCAAAGACCAGACUAAAGCACAGGAAACACUCGGUGAAAAUGUUCGAAUCGCACAAGCCUUGCUUGAUCGGGUCGUAACCACCGCUGCAAACCUUCAGGCUACUGUCGAAGAAACAGCGACUGGGUUUCAGGGCCUCCCUAGUUUUCCCGGCAUGGUUGGAGUUUAUUUUCCGUGGACUCUAUGUUCACUUCUUGCUUCUGUGGUCGCUGCGCAGCAUCCUAGAAUCAUUGCUGGUCUUCUCUUCCUCUCUUACGGGAAGUACAACCCGACCUCACUCUCUCAGAAAACUGGGCUAACUAUUCAGGCAGGCGCUUUCUAUAUCUUCAGAUUCAUCAACUAG